CACUAGUAUACGGCUUUCAAUAUGCGGGGUCCUAAGGGGGAUCGUAAAUGUAGUAAAGGAAAAAAUGUGAUUAGCAGCCAAAGAAAUACGUCUACUGAAAUACACCAAGAAAAGGAAUUUAAUACAGUAAAAAGCAGCUGCUCCAGUGAAAGUAUGCAAAGGGGUGAUAAUACCAAUAGCAAUUUUGCGGCAUCUACUUCACCAACUGCAUCUGCAUUCGCGAGUAUUUUUUCAGAUAUUUCUCGAUUCUCCAGAACCGACAAACUGUCUAGUCCUAGGGGACAUACUAGCUCUGAUUCUGAACAACAUAUUCCAGUAUAUCACGAGAGAAAACGGCAAUUAAAUCUCAGCAGAGCCAGGGAAAAAAUUUACGAUGUGAACUUGGUUAGUGCCCAGAUGCCACACUACGAGCCUUUGCUGGAUGCAAAUUUGCAAGACUAUUUUAAUAGUCCAAAUACUCGAAAUCACUUGAUCCGGCUAGGUUUGAUUGAUGAAGAGGGAAAUAUUGUAAGUGCCAAGCUAUUCAAGUACAGUCAAAUCCAGUUGGACAAAAAGGAAUAUGAGGAUGUGUUUCGCACUAGGCAAAUAGAGCGCGAGAUUGACAGAGACAUCGAGUUGGCCAUUCAUAAACAUUCAAUGACGCAACAUCUACGUACCAAUCGGAUUGGCAGAACGGAUGAAAAUCCUUCCCCUUUCCCAAACUUUUUCCAGCAUUUUCCAAUAUCAAUGCAUACAACGGCAUUGCUAUAUCUGGAAUCAUCUCAUUCGAAAUUAAAGGCCGAACAUAUAUUUUUGAAAAGAUUACAAAGCCAGUCAUUGACAAAGCUUGGUGCACUUGGGGUUACAUCGGCAGAGGUCGAGGCACGUCUCAAAAUAGUCGAAAGGAAUCACAAAAAAGAGAGCGAAAAGAAAGCAAUUCAAUUUCGAAAAGGUCUGACAACACCUGCUCAAAAGAAACUUGAUUCCAGUCGAACCUCACACGAAGCAGUCAAAAAUCAUCAAAUAGAACACGAUCACCAGCUUCCAGAUAUUUUCACUUUGGCAAAGCAUGAAUAUGAAAUAGGAAAUACUCUCAUGGCCGAAACUUACUUGCGUCAGUUGCUUUCAAUUGUCAAGAAGAAAUCAUCAUUGACUAGCAGUUUAAAACAACAAGACAACCACUCCCGUCUUGCCAACAAAUCAGUUUCUAUUUCUUUUGAUACCAUUGUUGACAAAUCUUCUAACGAUGAGAUCAAUGAGGAUGCAUUGAAAAAACAUGAAUCAACUCUUUCUGAUCCAAAAUGCAACGAUUCAUCACAGCAUCGCCAGUUUGUUCGUCCAAAAAGUGCACGUCCAUCUCGUAAUUCAACAUUCCCUUCAUCCACAGCGUUUUCAGAUUGCGAAAGUGAGGGUGACACUGAUUUUGAUUUACAUUCAAUCAAUAAUCUCGAUACUGAGUUGUCUAGAAAUGCAUCUCAACAAGACGACUCGACUGAUUUAGGUUCUUUUAAAAAUGUCGAUUCCACUCCUGAAAUCAAAAGUAUAUCUCAUAUGACUCCAAGGGAAAGCGUGAAAAUACUCAUUCACGAAGAUCCUGCUGUUGGCAGUGUGUUUAAAACUAUAGAUUCUUCUGACAAUACAAACAACAAGGAUGUAUCUAGUGACUCGGAACACUAUGAGCCAGUGGUUCAUCUUGAUAGUGGGUCUGUCAAAGAAGAUCAUGAGAGAAUCAUCAUAGAAUCUUGUGACAGCCAUAUCUCUGAGCAUAGUAUCGAGACUCGACAGCAAAACAUUUCAAACCUGUCUGGUUUAAAGCAUGAUGUAUAUAGUCAUGAUCAGGACCAUGAAAUUAUAGAGCAUCCCGUUGAAUCAAAUUUGGACUGCUUAGAAGAUUCUAACAUAAACAAUGCUGCUAUUGAUCAACAGUUUCAGCAAGAUGCUUCAAAGUCUGCAAAUAGUCAUGAAGCGGUAGCUAUAGACCGUUCACGUAUUCAUUCAGAGUCCUCCGAGUAUGACAUAUUACACUAUCCAAAGCUUCAUCAUGAUGUUCAUGCUUCGCAGUCAAGAAAUGUAUCUGAGUGGGUUCUAGUGGAGCAAGACCAUUUGGAAGACUACACGCACGAUGAUUGUUUCCAAGAAAACUUUGACGAUAAAGCUAAUUUAAAAACCAACAAAGCUGUACAACCGCAAGAAAAAUCAACUAAUGUGUUGCAUUCAGAAACCAAUAUAUAUGAACACCAAAAUGACAAUCAUACUCAAUCUAAAAUCAUGCAUAGUGUAUCAGAUACUGCAAAUGGUUUGGCUACUGAGCUUGAUUUUGAUGAAUAUUCGCAAAAUAAGCCAAAUCCAGAAGAUUCAAAGUCGGAUGAAAAUAAUCAGCACAGCAAAUCUACUUAUUCAGAUGACGAGUUUGAUUAUAAAAAAGAGUAUGUUGAUGAGCAGCAAGCACAACUACUAACAAAAGCUUCUGAUUUUCAUAUAGGAAAAACUGAAAUUGAAGCUGACCACUGUACAGGCGAAGCCUGGAAAAGGCAAGAUCACAGUACUGUUAAUGGAGAUCAACACUCUGAUAAAAAACUAGAAUGUGCAUCAAAUCAUAAAAUAUCAAUUGAUCAGAUAUCAAAUCGUAGCAAUAACAAUGUUUCAAAGCAUCAGCAAUUUCAAGCAAAACAAGGGAUUUCAAAAAGUGGUCUAAUUAGUCGAUCUUCAAGCACAUCUCAUCCACUAAAUAAAGAUGCCAAAAAUAAAAUACAGACAUCGCAUUCUCAUAAUUAUCAGGAUGUAGCAGAAUCACCCAAAGUCAGUGCACUUUAUCAAGAAAAACUCGUACCUGAAGUAGUUCAUAUUUCCUCAAUUAAACGUAACGUACAUCAAGAUAAAGAAACCCUUAUUCCAGAUAUCAAUCAAGACUGCAAGUCAGAGCAGACAAGAGACCAUCACAAAAUCAAUUCCAAUCAACACCUUGCUGAACAUCAAAGUUUUCAAAGUAUUUCAGAGACCUGCGUGUAACACCAUCGUUCCUGACGAUUUCACAUCCUCUGAUAUACGUGAUAAAUGCUUAAAUAAUGAUACAUAUUGUUUUUGCUAAAGCGAAAGCAUAGUUUUAACAAGGAUGUGACAAUAGCGUUGAAAUUUAAAAUGAAUCAAUAAAAUCAAACAUAGUAGGUAUAGGUUUGAGUAUGUUUUAAUGCUGUCAGAAUACUUGAGAUGCAAUACAAAAUUGUAAGUUGAGAUUUGAAUUAUGGUGAUAUGCCAGAGUAGCCCAUUCCGCGACCUCGGCCAAAUCCUUGCCUAGAACCUCGCAUGCCUCGACCUCGAAAACCACUCUGAUUACCUCGCGAAAAGACAGGCUGAUGCUGUUUAAGCCAAUGAAAAGGUGUAUGAUUUGUAUUGGACUGUCUGCUAUUUGAAGAUGGUCUUCGUGCUAUUUUUCCGGCCUUGAUCUCUUGCUCCACUCGUCUUCGCCUACUUGACAUGGGCCGUCUAGAGGAUGGAGUGAAUUCCCUCCCGCCUCGUGCAAGCACAAUGGGAUCCACGACAUGCCCUUUCUUGUUAAUAGUUAUAACAGUCCCUUUAGAUAUAGAACUCUAUGUUUGAUACACAAAUCUCAACCUCAGUAUGCACAAUACGAUUUGAUAUGAAUGAUGAUAAAACAAAAGCUUACAGGCAAUACAGAUUCUUUAAGAAUAUCGACAGUUGAAAUCAUGAUGGUUUCGAAUGCCGAUCGCAACAAGGCAUCCUGUUCACUAAUUCAAAUAAACUGAUAUUAAAACAUGG